UCUGACAAGUGUGUGUGAAGAGAAAACAAGAAAAGGGCAAAGCGGGAGCCGAUGCAUGGUUCCGAUGCUCGAAGGUUGUAAGGUUGGUAAGUUGUAAGUUUGUAAUAAAGAUGAUGCUGCAGGGUUGUGUCGUCCAUUCUGUGCCUGAGAAAGGUUAUUGCUUCAUUCGGGUAUCCGGCGAGCUGGCCGAUUUCUUCGCGCAUUUCACAGCGUGCAGUGGUUUCAUCCCUGAGCGUGGGAUCGAAGUCGUUUUUUGCUCUAGUCCGGGAAAAAGUGGCAAAGGACCAAGCGCGACAAAAGUCCGCCCGAGGACUACUUGCUCUUUACCUACCCCCAACGUCGACACAGUGUCUUUGGUGCAAAAGUGUAAGAAUUCCGCAGGCUUUGUGGACGGGUCGAAACUACAGGCGCAGGUUGGAACUACUACAUCUCCUCCAGCGGUAGACGUUGGCGAGCGGGUGAAACAGCUCGAGGAAACAGUGUUAGUAAUGGCAGAGAAUUUCUCUGUAAUGGCAAGCACAAUCGGGAAGAUGACGGAGCAGUUUGGGAAGCUUUGA